AUGAGGAAGAAGUACCUGUUCAUCAAGCCAACAUGCGUGAGCGUCUUGGUUAUAAUCAUCUUGUGGGACAACCUGUUGAAGCGUUACAACAAAAACUGGACGAAGAAUGACGACAACCACCAAAACUUUACUUCCGAGCUGAGCGCCGCGUGUCAUGGAUUCGAGAAAGCCAUCGUCACGCAGGCCAACACGCCCGUCGGAAGCAGAUUUGAAUACGAUGGCGAUAACAGCUCUCUGCGGGUGACUCCGAAGAUGUUUAAAACCUUCAUCAAAGAGCAUCCUUUCUCCAAAGAGAAGUUCGCUACAUGCGCCGUGGUUGGCAGCGGCGGUAUCCUGAUACACAGCAAGUGCGGGAAAACCAUCGACUCGGCGGACUUUGUGUUCAGGUGCAAUCUGCCACCUCUGAACGACGAGUACGGCCCGGAUGUGGGCGUCAGGACCGACCUUGUCACGGCCAAUCCCAGUAUCUUCGAGAAAAAGUACGAGUUUUUGACGGCACAACGGGAGAACUUUGUGGAGGCACUCCAGAGUUAUGGGAAGGCCUUGGUCUUCAUGCCUGCCUUCUCCUACAGCCAGUACACGGCACUUUCCAUGUGGGCCGUCAACACGAUGGAGGAAUUCGACAGCCCCACUCGCGCUGUCUUCUUCAAUCCGGAGUACCUGCGCAACCUGAUCCAGUUCUGGAGAGACAAGGGACUCAGGUCCAUUCGUCCCUCCACGGGCUUCCUGGUGGUCAGCCUGGCUCUGGAGGUGUGCUCCGAAGUGCAUCUUUACGGCUUUUGGCCGUACAGCACUCCCCCGUACGGACGCCACACGCUCACCAAUCACUACUACGAUGACGUGAAGGUCAACGCCACGGCUCACGCCAUGCCUGUAGAGUUUGACCUACUGCUUGAUAAGCACAGCCAGGGCGUGCUCAAGCUUCAACUCGAGGAUUGUCCGGCUGACAGAAAAUAA